AGGUGUCCCUGAAGUUCUCCCUGGAGGCUGCCUCUGUGGAGGAGUGGACCCCUGCUUCUCCAUGGAUCUGGAUAAGUCGUCCGUCUGGGACUCCUUAAAACAGAAAACCAGGCCACUGUUACUCAACCUGAGCAAGAAGAAGGAGAAAAAGAGCCCCAGCAGACCGCUCGACUUGAGGGCCAGGCAGCGCCUGGACAGCCGCCUCAGCCUGUCUGUCCCCGACCUCCUGGAGGCCGAGGCCUUAGCCCCCGAAGGCCGGCCGUACGCAGGGCCUCAGUCCUCCUACACCUCGGUGCCCAACAGCCUGUCCACCGCCGGCAUCCUGCCCAAGAGCAGCAGCAGCUCCCUGAAGCAAUCGGAGGAGGAAUUAGACUGGAGCCUGGAGGAAGCCAGUCAUCUCCACGGGGCCGAAACAGACUCAGAGGACAUUCACGGGUCUCCCGUGGGGGCCGGGCGCUCCUCUGGCCAGGGUGUCUCAGAGCUGGAAGGAAAUGCAGCAGGAGAACUAGAGAAGCUGCAUGGUGGUGGCAGUGGCGGCGGCGAUCUCCAGGCUCCUGCGGCAUUGCGACCUUCCGAAGAGUCUAUGCUCAGGGAAGCCGGGGAUGGCCUGAGCCACCUCCCCAGCCCCUUCGCCUACCUCCUCACCAUCCAUCUGAAGGAAGGCCGGAACUUGGUGGUGCGGGACCGCUGUGGCACGAGCGAUCCCUAUGUGAAAUUUAAGCUGAAUGGGAAGACUCUGUACAAAAGCAAAGUCAUCUAUAAGAACCUGAACCCAGUAUGGGAUGAAAUCGUUGUGCUGCCAAUUCAGAGCCUCGAUCAGAAGCUGCGGGUGAAGGUGUACGAUCGAGACUUAACCACCUCGGACUUCAUGGGCUCUGCUUUCAUUGUUCUCCGUGAUCUCCAACUUAACAGAACGACUGAGCAUAUUUUAAAACUGGAAGAUCCAAACAGCUUAGAAGACGACAUGGGAGUGGUUGUGUUAAAUCUGAACCUUGUUGUGAAGCAGGGGGAUUUCAAGAGACAUCGGUGGUCACAUCGGAAGAGGAUAAGUGCCAACAAGUCCUCUUUCAUCCGCAACCUGCGCCUCUCAGAGUCCUUGAAAAAGAACCAACUCUGGAAUGGGACCCUCAGUAUCACUCUGUUGGAAGGAAGGAAUCUCUCAGGAGGACAUAUGACUGAGGUGUUGGUUCAGUUCAGACUGGGAGAUCAGAGGUAUAAGAGCAAGACACUGUGUAAGAAUGCAAACCCGCAGUGGCAGGAACAGUUUGACUUUCACUACUUCUCUGACAGGAUGGGCAUUUUGGACAUUGAAGUGUGGGGCAAAGACGGUAAAAAGCACGAGGAGCGCAUGGGCACGUGUAAAGUGGAUAUCUCUGCCCUCCCGUUGAAACAGGGCAACUGCUUGGAACUACCCUUAGACAGCUGCCCGGGGUCUCUCCUUAUGUUGAUCACACUUACGCCCUGUGUGGGGGUCUCCAUCUCAGAUCUGUGUGUCUGCCCCUUAGAAGACCCCAGUGAGCGGAAGCAGAUUUGCCAGCGCUAUGCUUUGCAGAAUUCCCUGAAGGACACGAAGGAUGUUGGCAUUUUGCAGGUGAAGGUUCUAAAAGCUGUGGACCUCCUAGCGGCAGACUUUUCAGGAAAGAGCGAUCCUUUCUGCUUGCUGGAGUUGGGUAAUGAUCGACUGCAGACACAUACCAUUUACAAGAACCUCAACCCGGAGUGGAACAAAGUCUUUACCUUUCCAAUUAAAGAUAUCCAUGAUGUUCUGGAAGUGACAGUGCUUGAUGAAGAUGGAGAUAAGCCCCCUGAUUUUCUUGGAAAAGUUGCCAUUCCUUUGUUAUCUAUUAGAGAUGGACAACCGAAUUGUUAUGUAUUGAAGAAUAAAGAUUUAGAACAAGCAUUUAAAGGAACAAUUUACUUAGAAAUGGACCUCAUCUAUAAUCCAGUCAAAGCAAGUCUGAGGACAUUUACUCCCAGAGAAAAGCGCUUUGUUGAAGAUAGCCGCAAGCUGUCAAAGAAGAUUUUGUCGAGAGAUGUAGACCGGGUAAAAAGACUCUCCUUGGCGAUAUGGAAUACAAUACAGUUCCUCAAAGGUUGUUUUCAGUGGGAAUCCACGUUGCGAAGUACAAUAGCAUUCGUGGUGUUUUUGGUCACGGUCUGGAAUUUUGAACUCUAUAUGAUCCCCCUGGCAUUACUCCUGCUUUUUGUCUACAAUUUCAUCGGACCUAUGAAAGGAAAGGUCAACAGUACACAGGAUAGCCAGGACAGCACAGACCUAGAGGAGGAGGAAGAUGAUGAUGAUAAGGAAUCUGAGAAAAAAGGGUUCAUUGAGAGACUCUAUAUGGUCCAGGAUAUUGUCUCCACUGUCCAAAACAUCUUGGAGGAAGUAGCGUCUUUUGGAGAAAGAAUUAAAAACACCUUUAACUGGACGGUCCCUUUCCUCUCGCUGCUGGCCUGCCUGAUCCUUGCCAUCAUUACUGUCAUCUUGUACUUCGUCCCUCUGCGUUACAUCGUUUUAAUCUGGGGCAUAAAUAAAUUUACGAAGAAGCUUCGAAAUCCCUAUUCGAUCGACAAUAAUGAGCUACUAGACUUUCUCUCCAGGGUACCAUCGGAUGUUCAAAAGGUGCAGUAUGCAGAACUGAAACCCUGUGGCAGCCAGAGUCCCCUUAGGAAGAAGCGCAGCACUCUCUAGAAUGUGUGCCCAACCAAACUGGCAUCCAGACAUGCGGCCCUGGGCUGUGUAGACCCCUCCCUGGAUCCUGUCUUCUUCUUCUUCACAUGCAGCCAUCUCUACGCCUGGGUGUCUCAGAUGCAGAGACCCAGCCACUCACCCAAAAGAACCCAGCCCCUCCCCCCAGGAGACAACAUGGAGUCUGGAUCAGAAGAUGCUACCGCAGCAGCACAGUUUGCACUGGCUUGAAGAAUGAACCCCUCCCACCCCCACCCCCUGGGGAACAGCAGGAGACCCACAUGGGUUCCAGAAUAAUUCUGACUUCCACCCCCUCCACCCCUCCCUCCAGCUGAUUCUCAUUACUGUCUUGUUAUUCCCCGUUGGGUAUGGUGGCACACAACUGUAAUCUCAGCUUCCCCC